AUGCUCAAGCCGCAGGCCAACUCUACCCGAGAGCUCGUCUCUCUCGAUGGUAUCUGGAACUUUGCCAUUGCGUCAUCUUCCGACAUCGAGGCAGACGCGCCAUGGACGAAACCUCUGCCGCCGAAACUCCAGGUGCCUGUACCGGCAAGCUACAACGACAUAUUCGCGGAUGACAAAAUUCGCAGCCACGUCGGAUGGGUCUACUACCAGCGCCAAGUCACAGUCCCACGGAGCUGGUCUACCGGCCAGCGGUACUUUUUGCGAUUUGAUGCUGCAACGCAUCGCGGGCGUGUCUACGCCGAUAACAAGCUCAUUGUCGACCAUGCUGGUGGCUACACACCUUUUGAAGCCGAGAUUACGGAUGUGAUUCACUCGGGCGAGAGGUUCAGACUCACGGUGGCUGUGAGCAACGAGCUCAGCUGGGAGACUAUCCCGCCAGGCAAGAUUGAGACCAUGGCCAACGGCAAACGGAAGCAGACUUACCAGCACGACUUCUUCAAUUAUUCCGGGUUGGCGCGUUCUGUAUGGUUGUAUGCAAAACCCACCAUUUCAAUCAGCGACAUUACAGUUGCGACGACAGUUUCUGAAGAUGGAGCCGGCAAGGUGAAUUAUGAGAUCGAGACUUCGGAGUUGGUGAGCGACGACAAGAUUAGGAUAUCAAUCCUCGACGAGGAGGGUGCUACCGUCGUCCAGGCAAAUGGAACCAAGGACCAACUGACCAUCAAUUCGGUUCACUUAUGGCAGCCGGGAGCGGCGUACCUUUACCAACUCCGUGUUGAUAUCCUAUCAGCCACCGGCGCGGAUGAUGUUUUGGACACCUACGAGCUAUCUUUUGGUGUGCGCACAGUCGAGGUCAAAGGCAAUCGGUUUCUGAUCAAUGGCAAACCAUUCUACUUCACCGGCUUUGGCAAGCACGAAGACACCCUCAUCCGUGGCAAAGGCUUCGACCCGGCCUACAUGAUCCACGACUUCCACCUCAUGAAGUGGAUGGGCGCCAACUCCUUCCGGACAUCGCACUACCCCUACGCUGAGGAGUUCCUUGAAUACGCCGACCGGCACGGCGUCGUCGUUAUCAACGAGACGCCUGCCGUGGGUAUUCACCUUGGCAUCAUCGCUGGCGUCUUCGGGCUCAAGGCGCCGCCGACGUUCGGGCCCGAGGCAUGCAACGAGAAGACGCAGGCGGCGCACGCGCAGGCGAUUCGCGAGCUCGUGGCACGCGAUAAGAACCAUCCAUCGGUGGUGAUGUGGACCGUUACAAAUGAGCCGGCGUCGUCAGAGCCGGGAGCGAGGGAAUACCUCGAGCCUUUGAUAUCGUUGACGCGCGAUUUGGAUUCGACGAGACCGGUGUGCUUUGCAAACAUGGGGCUUGCCACGCCGGAGUCGGACCGUGUCACGGACUUGUUCGAUGUUGUCUGUCUGAACCGGUACUACGGAUGGUAUUCGCAGACGGGCGACUUGGAGGAGGCCGAGCGGAUAUUGGAGAAAGACUUAUUAGGGUGGCAGGCCAAAUAUGGCAAGCCCAUCAUCAUGACCGAGUACGGGGCCGAAGCGAUGGCUGGGCUGCAUGCCGUUGGCGAUUUGCCAUGGAGUGAAGAGUACCAGGGGAAGUUUCUGGAAAUGUUCCACCGCGUGUUUGAUCGGGUCGAUGGCGUCGUCGGGGAGCACGUAUGGAACUUUGCCGACUUCCAGACCACUUCGAGCAUUACCCGAGUAGAUGGCAAUAAGAAGGGAGUCUUUACACGGGACCGAAAGCCGAAGGGCUCUGUUCAGGUGUUGAAGGCGAGGUGGACGGCCACGGAAAUUAAGAAAGCAUAG